AUGUUGAAAACUCCACAGCCUACUCCUCCAGAUUCUUUGAAGCAAGCACAUGUAAGCAACGAUAUCAUCGUUUCAAUUCCGCCAAUCAGUAUUCCGUCAGAUGAUCCACCACAAAGCCAAAAAGAGGAGGAAAAAUUAACAAAACAAGAUUUGUUGAAGUAUGUAGUGCCUCUCUAUCAAGCUGCUCUGGAUGGUGACUGGGACAAGGCGGAAAUCGUUUUCAAAGUAGAUAACAAAUGGAUGACUGCCAAAAUUACAAAACAUGGAGACACAAUCCUUCACAUUGCAGCAGCAGCCAUGCACCUUGAUUUUGUUAAAAAACUGGCAAGUCGUAUGCAUAAAAACAAUGUUCCUCUAGAUUCAAAAAACGUACAUGGCAAUACCGCCUUUUGCAAUGCUGCAUCAUCUGGAAAUGUUGAGAUUGCACAAGUGAUGGUAGGAUUUGAUAAAGAGCUACCAAAUAUUAGAAGUUCUGGAGCAAAAAAAUUGACCCCUCUUCAUAUGGCGAUUCUUUUAGGAAAAAGAGAUAUGGUGAAUUACCUUAACAAUGACAGUGUAACAGAUCCCAAAAAGCUGACAGACGAGGAUCGCAUUGAGCUGCUUACCAGUGCCAUAGAGGCUGGUUUGUAUGAUAUCGCGCUUGAUUUCAUACAGAAGUAUCCAUGUUUAGCACUCCAGAGGAAUUCAAAGGAUGAGACUGUGCUGCACACCCUUGCUGCUCAAAGGCCUCUAAAGAACAGCACUCAUAAGCAGAACAUAUGGGGUAAACUUCUGAGACGAUGCAAGAACACCCGCAACAAGGAAAAUGAGCAGGACCUCAAAAAUAAUGCACUUGAAGUGACUCGGAAAGCCUGGCAGAAAGUCGUUGAAAAAGAAGAUAUCUCAGAACAUAUUAAUACACCAUGGCGACUAUUGUUUGUGGCGGCCAAAAGGGGGAAUGUUGAUUUCCUAAGAACACUAAUUUAUAUAUAUCCUGAUAUAAUAUGGAAAGUGGAUGAGAAAGGAAGAAGUAUAUUUCAUAUUGCUGUUCAAUAUCGACAUGAGGAGAUCUUCAAGCUCAUACACGAGUUUGGAACUAUAAAAGAUCUCAUUGCUACAUACAUGGAUGAUCAUGGAAAUAAUAUGCUGCAUUUAGCUGCUAAGUUGCCACCUCCCGAUAGACUCAACUGCAUCUCAGGUGCGGCUUUACAAAUGCAACGAGAGCUACUAUGGUUUGAGGCUGUCAGGAAAGUUGUCCAACCCCAAUAUGCACUGGCUAACAAUCAUGAUGAUAUUACAUAUGAAGAUGAUGAUAUAAGUGAUUUCGGAAUGACACCCCAAGCUUUAUUUACUAAACAGCAUGAGGACCUACGGUCACGUGGAGAAGCAUGGAUGAAGAAAACAGCAGAAUCAUGUACUCUGGUGGCAACACUCAUUACAACAGUGAUUUUUACAGCGGCUUUCACCUUACCCGGUGGUAAUGAUCAAAAUAAUGGAUCUCCAAUCUUGUUAAAUCAAGUAUGUUUCAAGAUCUUUGCAAUAUUCAACGCAGUUGCAUUGUUUGCUUCCUCUACUUCCAUCUUCAUUUUUCUGUCAAUCCUGACAUCGCGAUAUGCAGAAAAAGACUUUCUUGUGGCACUGCCACGAAAACUCAUGGCUGGCCUAACAUCUUUAUUUUUCUCCAUAGUAUUUAUGAUGGCUGCUUUCACUGCUACAUUCUUCAUCACCUUUCUACGCAAUCCGAUAUGGAUUCCAGCACCUAUACCUGUACUAGCAGCUAUCCCAGUUGUGCUAUUUCUUUACCAGCAAUCUUCUCUUUUGUGGGAUAUAUAUAGUUCAAAAAAUAAAUCAUGGACUUUGAUUCAGCCAAGUGACAAACGCACGCUUUUCUGGAGUAGUAAAAGCCCGAAAAUAAUGAGCAACAAGGAGGAGAAAACAAGUUAUAGAAGACUGCAUAAUAAGUUGGAGUAGAUUCAUAAUGAUGCAUAUUUGUCUGGUAUAUAAUUUUUCUUUAGGAUGUCUGUU